UCAUGACAUAAACGAACACUGAGAGCACCUAACGGUCACUUCCCGCGACAUGCGCACUCGUUGCCACGAACAACCGUUAGCAGCAUCUUCUUGAUACCGGUGGAAGACGUCGCCUAUAUUCGUGUGCUGGCGGUCAGCCAUUGAGACAAAGGGAUUUGUUCAUCAGAAGCAAAAUGCCCACCAAUCCAGAUGAGCCCUUUUACUGCUCUCAGCAGAUAGAUAUUCCACCUGAUCUGUUGGACAUUUUAAAACAGUUUACAAAAGCUGCUAUCCGUUCGCAGCCAAUAGAUAUUCUACCAUGGUCAGCAGCCUAUUUCCGUGCCAUGUCUAAGGGAGAACUUCCCCCAGUAAAGGAACGACUGGAGAUGCCUUUAGCCUCCCAGAGGACUGACACCGGCUUGACACCAGGAUUGCUUCGGGUUCUAAACAAGCAGUUGGGGCCUAAGAAGAAGGUUACCGUGACCCAGAUAGAGGAGAAGUGGAUGGACCUUGCUUUACCAAAGGAACAGUUUGAUGACUUGAUGCGUGUCGGUGGGUUCAGUGGUCAGAUUGAGUGGAACAGAUUUCUUGCUCUUGCUGCAUCAUUGCUAAGUGAUAACAUCACAGAUACCAUGCGUGUGAUCUGUGAAACACUCACCGUGGACCCAGAAGGAGGACCUGCCCGUAUCAAUUAUGUAGUGUUUAAAGACCUUUACCAGUUCCUUGCACACAUUGAUGGGGAAAUAUCAGAAAGUCAGAUUUCAGAGGUUCUCAGCUAUCUGCAGUCUGAAGUGGAUAAGCAAGAAGGCAAAGUCAUGCCCCGCAAUUUCAUGAACGCUAACUGCCCAUCACUUUCAUAACAAGAUUGGGUAUCUCCCUCGCUUAGCACUCACCGUCCAUCCAAGCAGCUAGUCAACAUCUUCAUCUUGUCACCGUUUUAUCUUUUGAAUCUGUACAGAUUUGUGGAACUCUUUGGAAUUGUCCUCACGGUAUCAUGAUGCUAUAAAACUUUGAUAUUUCUGUUAAGCCUUAGAAAAAAAGACCUAUACUUAAAAGCACUUGGCUUUAAGGCGUCUUUAAGCAACGAAAGGACUAUUCUCUAUGAAAAACUAUGCACCCACUUGUGUUGGCAUAGGACUCUUUCUCACCCAAGCACAUCUAGUGAUCUCAACUUAAUUCAGGUAUGUUAAGGACAGAUUUAUGCUUGCAAAAGUUGUUGUUUUUGUUUUCAAAAUAAGAAAACCUUUGUUUUUAAAUGUUUCUUAGUGACUUGCAUAAAAGCAUGUAAAUUCCUGUUUAAAAUAUUUCGGCAUAUUUCCCAGGAUCUUGUGGUUUUGCUUUUGCAUAAGCUAUUAGUGCCUGGGAAUUAUUUUUAAAUGUCCAGUUUAAUUAUUUCUGUGAAGUCUAGUCAUGAAGUGCUUGCUCUUCCCUCUGAUAUUAUGAAAGAAUAAGACACUGUUGCCAACAACAAAGUAUACUAAGAAUGCUUACAAUAUGCUUGUAAGUGCUGGUGCCAAAUCUUUUUGUACAGAAAUAUUGUUAACAUUAAAACCAUCUGCUAGCAUAUCUCAUUUUAGUAUUAUGUGUCAUACCUGCAUGCUACAUUUACAAUUGUUUCCAUCAGGUAUAUUGUAUGUGUUCUACAACCUGUGAUAAAACUAUAUGUGGGGGGAGGAGGGGUAAAUUAAGGGAUUUAUGUGCGCGUGUCCGUGUUCAUGUGUUCCCUGCAUGGAGGGUCUGAUUAUGUUUGCGCACACUUAAAUGUUGGGCAGCAGACCUACGAAAUUCAUGUGUGAGUGUGCACACCUCUCCAGACUGUCCAUGUGGACAGGAAAUUUUACACCAAAUAAAUUCUCUCAUACACAGGGAGAUGGAGUACUCUAGGUUCUGAUUUAUCCUUAUUCGUCACCCAGUGUUAUAAACUUUGCUACUGUGGACGCGGGUGUUUGUGUGGACCAAAGUGAAUCAAGUGGCAUUCCCAGGAGGCGAGUGGGCUAAUAUCACAUGGUACUUUGUUCCACAGGAGUUAUUGCUAAAGAUGCCAUCCUGACCGGAAGUUUGAUUUAGAAUAUUUGAGUGCCAAUCCUGUUCCAGACGCACAAGAUAAUGAAAUUAGUCAAAGACGUUUUGUGCACUGAUAUACAGAAAUGUACGUUCGGGGUUUUGUCUUUCAAACGACAAGAAAAAACAUCCAGUGAAAUGUAAAUAAACCAGUUUGGCAACUGAAAA